CAGACGUGUCUAAUCAUGCAGCAGCUCAACUUAUCAAACAGUUCACACACCACUCCUGUUUCAGCUGAAUACCUGAUUGGGAGUAGUGUACUGGCAGUUUGCUUCAUACUGGGAGUUCCUGGUAAUAUUGCGGUACUGGUAUAUCUCGCCGGAAGGCUUAAGGGAGGCAGUUUCACCCCGAAAAUAAUGCUAAACCUGGCCAUAUCAGAUCUGCUCACUCUAAUUUCUCUGCCCGUUUGGAUUUGGGCUCUUCUGAAUGACUGGAUCUUUGGCCUUGUCCUGUGUAAGUUUGUCUCCUAUUUGGUCUACCUCAGUGUCUACUGCAGCACAAUGUGUGUGAUGUUGAUGAGUGUCCAGCGAUACUUGCAAGUGCUGCAUUUUCGGAAAUGGAACAAGCUUGGCAGAAAAGGUAGGAAGAUCCUACUGAUUGGUAUUUGGAUCCUAAGUGGAGUAUUAUCAUGCUAUGUUCUUGUACAGCGCACUGUAAGUAAGGACAGGCAAGGACGGUUUCUGUGCAGUCUACGUUAUCAUAAUGAUUUGGAAAGAGUGGCUACUUUAAUCUGGGAGAUCAUAUUAUUUGUGGUUUUGUUUCCCACACUGACUUACUUCUACUUUCAUCUUUACCAAGGAGUUAAUAACUCAGCUUUCUUCAGCAGUCGCUCAUUGACAAAACUGGUGACCAGAAUUGUGGCAUGCUUUUUCAUUUUUUGGAUCCCAUUACAAAUAUCCAAUGUUAUGAUUGUCACUGCUGUGUUGCUGAAGAAUGACAGGUUGUUAGAGUUUGCAGAAUCUGGAGACAAUAUUACUGCAGCUUUGAUUUUCAUUAACAGUUGUGUGAACCCUUUUCUGUAUGCCUUCUCUGCUCGGACUUCACGACAGGAAAGGGAUGGAACAGAAAAUACUUGAUGAUGAUGAUGAAAUACCUUCAUGAUGUAGAGGAAGUGUAAUUAUGUCCUCAUAAGUGCCAUUUUUAUUGACACUGGAAACCACAGACUUCUGCUUACUUUAUUGCGUAAAGUUUCUCCCAGCCACAAUGCACCAUCUAACCAUGCAGCAACUCAACUCAACA